AUGGACAAAUGCGGGGUUGAGUUCCCGAAGCACGAGUGGAGCCACCGACUGAGCCUGCGUGCCAGCCGAAGGAGCCAUCAGGGCGAGGUUGCCAACAAACCGGUAACCGGAUCGGUGAGAAGCACGAGACGAUGGGCGAGCCUGAGACAGCACGUGAGCAACAACGAGGCCGGCAAACCGAGAGUCGAGCUGCUCCUUAAUCCGUCAGGAUCGAGGUCCUCGACGCCUUCCUCCCAGCCGCACACACCGAACACACCCCGUACGCCCCACACGCCCAUCAGGAAGUCCAACUGGGAGGUGAUCGAGCACUUCACCGGUGCGCCAAGACCCUCCAUUAUCACGAUGGGCAGGGGCUCGGAAGUUGGGGUCGGACUCACAACCGGACGGGAAACAUCACAGGAAACCGCCGUGAACACGUCGAUAACACAACCACCGAGGAAAUGUGCUCUGUGUCGGUUUCUAAACUCGCUAUGCGCAUCUCACCGCUUCAAAAACUUGCAGGUGGAAAUGCUGUACCAAAGAUACUUCCUUCGAAUGAACCAGAGCAACAUGACGCACGUACUGGGCCUGCUGGCGGGACUGGCACUAGCUCUGGGCGUUCUAUUAAUUCUGAGACUAAUUCUAGAAGAUAAUCAACAGUUUCUAGUCAUGCUCGAGAGGCCUGAGAACCUUUCACUAGCUAUUACACUGGUUCUCUGCAUCGCGGUAUAUUCUGCAAUACUAGUAUGCUUGACUUAUCCUCAAUUUUUAAUAUGGCUGGCCGGAGUCAGCGGUAUCAUCCUGGUGACUUUACUGGCCCUACAGGUGGCACUGAACAUACACCUGGCCCUUGGUUCCAAGGAGCAUCGAAGUGGAGGACCCCUGGCCGCGGCCUGGGCCGUCUGUUUCUUCAUCUACAUGGCCUACGCCCUCCUUCCGAUUAGACUGCGUUACGCCUGCAUCGCGGGAUUCAUUUUCUCCGUGGCGCACCUGAUCGGCGCGUUCGUCCUCUACCCCUCCCAGUACCCGGCCAUGAUGGAACACUUACUAAGUUCCAUAGUGGUGGUCGGUGGAACGAACAUGGCAGGUGUUCUGACACACCACCCACGUGAGCUGGCGCAAAGGCAGGCGUUCCUGGAAACGAGACAAUGCGUCGAGGCUCGUCUUACUACACAGAGGGAAAAUCAGCAACAGGAACGGCUCCUAUUGAGCGUGUUGCCCAGGCACGUAGCCAUGGAGAUGAAAGCCGACAUCGCCGGCAAGCCGAAGGAUACCAUGUUUUACAAAAUUUACAUUCAAAGGCACGAGAACGUAAGCAUCCUAUUCGCAGACAUCUGCGGAUUCACGUCGUUAUCGGAUCAGUGCACCGCCGAAGAGGUCGUCAGAUUGCUGAACAAAUUGUUCGUAUGGUUUGACACUCUGGCGGCGGAGCACCAUUGUCUCAGAAUCAAAUUGUUAGGGGACUGCUACUAUUGCGUUUCAGGGCUGCCAGAGCCGAGACCUGAUCACGCGCGAUGUUGUGUGGAAAUGGGUUUGGACAUGAUUAGCGCAAUCACGCUAUAUCGCGAGGUAGGAGCUGUGAACGUGAACAUGAGGGUCGGAAUUCACACUGGAAGGGUGCACUGCGGGGUUCUGGGGCUGAGAAAGUGGCAAUUCGACGUCUGGAGCAACGACGUCACUCUGGCAAAUUAUAUGGAAAGCGGCGGUGUGCCUGGGCGAGUACACAUCACGAAAGAGACACUCGACUGUCUGGGCGGCUAUUACGAGGUGGAGGAGGGCCACGGGGGCGAGAGGAAUACGUACCUCAAGGAGAACAAUAUCAAAACGUACCUGAUCGUCCCCGGGGACUCGUUUAAGGGCAACAUACCGUCCACUGGACUUAGGAAGGGUCUGCCCGCGAACGGAAACGUGUCCAAGGAGAUGAGGGUGAUGGGACACGGAUCGCAGCACGGCAAACAGUCCAAGCUUGGCUUCGGUGAGACGAACGAGCCAAAGAAGGAUCCAGAGGACGAGGUGAACGAGUACCUGAUGAGGGCGAUAGACGCCAGAAGCAUAGAUCGAUUAAGGGCAGAAUACUGUACACCGUUUAUUCUAACAUUUCGACGACCUGACGUUGAGGAGAAGUAUUCUCGCGAACGGGACCGAAUGCUCUCGGCGUACUUCGUCUGCUCCGGGUUCGUGUACAUGGUGGUCGUGAUCGCCAUAGCAAUCACUCUGAACGGGAGCAUUUAUUUCUACGCCUGCAUAGCUCUGAGCGCUGUACUGAUAGCGUUGAUCAACGGAAUCCUAUUGGCCGAGAAAAAUGAGAUGGUUCCAAAAAACCUUAGAAAGUUAGCUGUGCACAUUUUCGAGAACAGGGGAGUUUCACAGGCACUGGCCACAUGUGUCGUGUUCCUGACGUUCAUCACUUCUCUAAGUCCACUGCUAACGCUCGAAGGGAUACGAGUGUGCGGCAACGGGACAUCCUUCGUCGAAUGGACAGACAAUUCCAGCGUGACGUACACGAGUAUCGAGACAGCUGGCGAUGUCUGUUACUAUACUGUAUUCGCUGACCUAUUCCCUGUACUGGUGAUGCUGGUGAUGAUAACCUGCGCGGUCUACCAGAUCCUCACGUCUGUGUUCAAAGUGGCGAUACUCAGCCUGGUGGUGGCUUCCUACCUGGGCGUCAGUAUAUACGAGGCCCUGCACGAAAAAGACGUCGAGCUGACUGGCAGAUGGCUAGCAGGCGUUUUGGUGGUUUUCUUUAUGGCGUGUCUUGUUGCCCACUCCCAGCACACGGAAGCUACGUACAGAUUGGAUUUCCUGUGGAAGCUACAAGCCACAGAAGAGAAAGAGGAAAUGGAGCAUCUGAAGGCCUACAACCAGAAGCUCUUGGCGAACAUACUUCCGGAACACGUUGCAGCCCAUUUCAUGUCCACCGUUAAUUCAGACGAGCUGUAUCACGAGCAGUGCGACUUCGUCUGUAUAAUGUUCGCGUCGAUACCAAACUUUUCCGAGUUCUACGUGGAACUCGAGGCAAACAAUGAGGGCGUCGAGUGUCUGAGGCUGCUGAACGAGAUCAUCGCCGAUUUCGACGAGCUCCUGGCCGAGGAACCGUACAAGUACAUCGAGAAAAUUAAAAGCACGGGCGCCACAUAUAUGGCAGCUUCCGGUUUGACGAGAAGCACCUGCGACAUGAAAGAUUACACGCACGUGACCGCGAUGGCUGACUACGCGCUCAGGAUACGAGAACAGCUGGCCUACGUUAAUAAAGAGAGCUUCAACAACUUCCGGUUGCGUGUGGGCAUCAAUAUUGGACCGGUGGUGGCAGGUGUGAUAGGGGCAAGGAAGCCGCAGUACGACAUCUGGGGUAACGCGGUAAACGUGGCCUCGAGAAUGGAGUCGACCGGCGUCUUGGACGGGAUUCAGGUCACCCAGGAGGUCCGCGACAUCCUGAUCGCGAAAGGAUACCCACUAACGUGUCGGGGCACCAUUCAGGUAAAAGGCAAGGGCAGCAUGGUCACACACUUCCUCGACGGACCACGAAGCCAACCGAGAUCCAACGAGAACGUCGACAACAAAAUCAAUUCGAACAACAACAGCAACACUGGUGGAACGGUGUCGUCGUCAGUCGUUAACGUCUGA